AUGGCUUUUGGCGAGAACAACGGGCUCUUCGUGACCGACUACUUCACCCGCACGCCGCGCAAGCUCAGCCCCUUCCGCUCCUUCGCCAGCAUCGAGCUCUUCCACUUUCACAUCCCUGAGGACACCGUCAUCGCCGUCUGGAACCUCAUCACCUUCAAGGAGCAGGGCGGCACCUUCGGGGACCAGUGCCCGGACCGCAGCGUCACCGUGUACUUCCGCUCAGGGGCUCCUCCUGUCAUCAACCCCCUCCACACCCACUUCCCCCGGGACACAGCCGUGCCCGGCUCCUUCGCCCUGACCCUCACCUGGACGCUACCCAACCGGACGACCGGCGUCUUCAAUGUCACCAGCCCGCUGCCUGGCGACUGGUUCCUGGCUGCCCACCUGCCCAAGGAUGAUGGCAAGAUCUCCGUCAAGGGCCUGUACGAGGAGUGCCAGUACCUGUUCCAGCCUCAGCUCAUCGUGCAGCGCCUGGUGGGCAUCGCCGUGCUCUACCCUGGCUAUGUCACCAGCCAAAGCAUCGCGCCCCACAACCGCUCCAGCCUCUACAAGGUCUUCGUGCCCAGCUACACUUCGCGGGUGCUGGUGCAGGUGCUGCAGUGCCAUACCUCGGACCGUGGUGCCCAGGGCUGCCCACUCUGGCUGCGGGUGAGGCCCAAGGCACCCCCGCUGCACAACUCCACAGCGCGGGACUGCCGGGAGCGGGCACCCUGCCAGCUGGCACUGGACCUGCCCUUCUGGCAGCAGUGGUACUACGUGCUGGUGGAGAAGCACCCGGGCACGCCAGGCACCAUCUCCUUCCAGGUCACUGUGCAGGUCACAGACUGUUCCCGGCCUAGCCUGGCUCGAGUGCCCUUCCUGCCACCUGGCGCUGCCAUGAACAUGCCACAGUCCUUCGGCUCUGCGUCCAGCUUGGCGCCGGGUGAUGGCCUGCCCCCUGCACCUGCCAAUGGCACCAUGCGCCCCAGCCCUGGCCCCGGCCCUGGCCCCAGUGCUGAGCGGUGCUGGCCCAUCCGACCUACGCUGCGCAAUGAGCUGGACACCUUCUCGGUGCACUUCUACAUCUUCUUUGGGCCCAAUGUAUCGGUGCCACCUGAGCGCCCUGCUGUCUUUGUCAUCAACCUCCUGCCAGUGCUUGACAGCGGUGGUGUCCUCAACCUCGAGCUCAAGCUCAACGUGUCCUCCCUGUGGGGUGAGAACGUGACGGUCUUUGGGUGCCUGAACCACGAGGUGCCGCUGACGUUGGGGGACAACAGCUCUGUCACCUGUGAGACAGAGUCCCUGGCUGGGUUCCUGCUGUCCGUCAAUGCCACAGCCAACCUGAGCCGCCUGCGCAUCCCCUACCCCCAGACCGGGAGCUGGUACCUCAGCCUGCGCUCACUUUGCACCACCGACCGUGGACUUGAGCCAUGUGCCAAUGCGACGGCAGAGGUAUACCUGCGCACCUACCUCUCACCCUGCAUCAAUGACUGUGGCACCUACGGCCAGUGCAAGCUGCUGCGCACCAACAACUACCUGUACGCUGCCUGCGAGUGCAAAGCAGGCUGGAACGGUUGGGGCUGCACAGACAAUGCGGAGGCCUUCUCCUACGGCUUCCAGCUGCUCUCCACACUGCUGCUCUGCCUUAGCAACCUCAUGUUCGUGCCUCCAGUGGCCAUUGCCCUGCGCAGCCACUACCUCCUGGAAGCCUCCGUCUACAUCUUCACCAUGUUUUUCUCUACUUUCUAUCAUGCCUGCGACCAGCCGGGCAUCGUGGUCUUCUGCAUCAUGGAGUACGACGUGCUGCAGUUCUGUGACUUCCUGGGCUCCCUCAUGUCCGUCUGGGUCACCGUCAUUGCCAUGGCCCGGCUCCAGCCUGUCGUCAAGCAGGUGCUGUACCUGCUGGGCGCCAUGCUGCUCUCCAUGGCCCUGCAGCUGGAUCGCCACGGGCUCUGGAACCUGUUGGGGCCCAGCCUCUUCGCCUUAGGGAUCAUGGCCAUCGCCUGGACGGCCCGUAGCAUCCGCCGGCGCCACUGCUACCCGCCCACCUGGAAGCGCUGGGCCUUCUACCUGUGCCCGGGGGCGCUGAUUGCGGCAGCCGCCGUGCUGCUCUACGCCUUUGUGGAGACGGAGGAGAACUACUUCUACAUCCACAGCAUCUGGCACAUGCUCAUCGCUGGCAGCGUCGGCUUCCUGCUGCCACCCCGUGCCAAGCCCGACGGGCGCCUGGCCCCGCUGCCCCGCCGCAAGGGUUGCGGAUACCAGCUCUGUGUCAACGAGCAGGAGGAGCUGGGGCUGGUGGACCCCGGCGCUGCCUCCAUCAACAGCAUCUGUGCCAGCUGAUGGUGCCUGCCUGCCCCCGUGGCACAGACCAGACUCACUGCCGCGGGCACCGGGGCACAGCACUGCCCGUGCCCCCUGCCAUAGCCACGGACACUGGGCUCCCCC